CGUUACUUGCAGUCACAACAAUGUCAAUUUCGCAGGAUGAUAUCAGCGAAUUCAAUUCCCCUAUAAAAUCAGUACCUAGCGCAUCUAAAAAACGAAACAAGGUAAUUUCCCCUGUGGACCAAUCGCCUUUUUCCAAUCCUUUGAAGAAAGAUGUUUUCGAAAUGUUCACUAUCAAAACGCCCUCAAGAGCCAAAGUUUUGACUUCUGAUAGUCAAGACACAUCCGAGUUAUCUGACGAUGUCUUCAUCAAACCGAAACCUGUCUCAGUUUCAACCCCUGGUAAAUCAUACAGGGAAAAAAUUAACGAAAGGUUCAAAAAUGUUAAAGAAAAAGUUGGGAAAUCUACAAAGAAGGCAAACGUAUUCAAGGAAGCUGCGGAAAACAUUCGCUUGGAAAGAGUGAAAAGGGAAAGUCACGAUAUAGACGCCGAGCUCGAAUUAAUGAGAGAACGUUUGAAACUGGGACAAACUCCAGAAAAUAGACACAAUUUCGAGUUUUUUUCUAGUGAAAAAUGUCAAGAAGUUGAAGAGAAAGAAAGUGAAGAUAAUUUUCAAUCAACUGACAAUUUAACUGAUGAAGGACCCGAAUUAGUUUUUUCACUACCUAAACAAAUAAAAACACUUGUAAGAAAUUCAGAAGAAGCUUUAUUUUUCAAGCCUCGAGUAAAACCUGUUGACAUCAUUGAUAAAAUCGAGACUGAAGAACCCAGAUUUUUAGAAGAUGAAGGCUUCUAUACUCCUCCGAGUCCCAAAAUAUCCAAUCAGCAUUUAUAUCUUUUAGAACAGCGACUUUCAUGUGACGACAAAAAAUGGUUCAACUGUGAUGGAAAGCUAAAUAUUCUCGAAAAUCCUUGUCAAAAAAACUCUUACCGUCCACGUUUGAAGCACCUUUCGGUGAAAGAAGUUGCCACUUACUUACCUGCAACACGUGAAAAUAACGAAUGUGAAGAAAUUGUAGUUAUUAGUGAGAAUUUGCUCCAACUACAAAUUUUAUGUUUGAAAUUUACUCAUCACCCUUUGUUCAGUUUAGAACACGUGCUUUGCCAAAAACUCAAAAAGUUGUAUUACGAGUAUGAGGACAGUGUGGCAAAAAAUGAGUUUAUGAGACUUAGCGGGCGAUUAGAAGGCCUGAGACGUGUUUUGAAACGUUUGGAAGAAAGUUCAAGUCAAUCGGGAGAACAGUCAGAUAGAGAAGAUGACAAAAUGGAAGCUUACAAGCGAGAUAUAAGAACACUACAAGAACAAGUUUUUGAAGAGGGAAGAAAGGAGAGAAACCGUACAAAAGAAAUUUUGAAAACAUGGAAAGCAAUUAAAAAUAUGAGAGAAAAUAAUAACUAUUCAAACACGUCUUUAAAAUUAAUAAUAAAGAAGGAGAAUGUCAAUUACGAGACUGACAAAGAAAAUUUUGAUCAAACCUUCGAAGAAUUUUACGAAGAUUGUCUUGAAAUAAAUCGGGAAAAACCUCGUCGGAAAAGGCAAAAUGAAAACGACAUCCGACAAGAGUUGCGUAAACGUUUCAAGGAAAGUUUUAGACCUCCUGGUGAACCAAUCCUACAUUUCAUCCUAACAAACGAAAACGAAGUAACCAAACAGGUGGAAAAUUCGAAAGAAGUGUCGCGAAGAGUUGCUACAGCCACCACCAAAAUCGCUUUAAAAAUAGUUUGUAACAAAAUGGAAGUGUGUAAAACAAGAUGGGUUGCCCUCCAAGACGAUUUUAUUUGCAACUUCAACGAAACAAUUUCAAUUCAACUAACCAACAUUCCCAAAUUCCUCACAAUUGAAAUAAUCGAGCAACCAAAGUCGCUCAUUAAGAGAACCCUCGGAGAACUAGAGAUUAAAAUACCGACUCGGAAUGUUUCAAAAAUCGAUAAAAAAGUAGCCAACUUUGAGAAAAGCGAAAUCGUUCAUUACAAACAUGAGGGUGUGGGAAGCGGGGUUAAAAUCGAAAAUUUGGGCGAUUCUGAACUGACCACUUCGGGUUGUUUGACAUAUUCCAUGUCUUGGGAUGUUUCAAUAGCAAAUGAUAACAGUCCAGAUAAUAGCGCAAAAAUUUUGGGUGAAAUAAUAGACAAGAAUGGAACAAUCGAUUCGGAAAAGCUGGUCCAGUGGAUGCAGCAGCGCAAACCUGACCCUCAGGAUCCAAGAAACUCGAUUUUGUACGAAUAUUCCUUAGAUUGUGGCGACGAAAUUGUUUCUGCAUCUAAUAAAAAUUACUUCCGCUUGAGUGGGCAAGAAUGGCAAUUUUGCGACCCCAAACUAAUCGAAGAUAAUCUAAGACUCAAAAUUUUGCAAUUGCGAAACCAGAAUGAGCCAGAAUUUGAUCGAAUGACAGUCCCAAACAGGAUCAAAGAGAUUCCCCUCGAUAUUUUAGCCGAUUACAAUAGAAGAGUGGCCAUGGAACAAGAAAAUUUGGUUGAGGAAGAUGAAGACGAUGACGACGAAAUUGAAGCAAAAAGAAGCAAAGGGCGAAAGUUGUUAAAACAAAUCCACAUUAGAGUGUUUCAAAAGUGCAAGAAUUCGGAAAAUAAUCUCACUUUUGAAGACGUGGUAGACGAGAAAUUCAUGCCUCAGUUGGAAAAACUUAUCAAGGGAUUGGUUGCUAAUUUCCUUAGUUGGUUUCAAUGGCGGCCCUUAAAACCGCCAUUGUUCCCCUUACAAACAAUUCAAGAAUCAAAAUCAAACGAUUAUAAUUUGCAGAGUCAAGUCAAAAUUAAGGUUCACGUAAUUUCUGGUUUAAACAUCCCUCUACGAAACACCAGUGAAACUAUGGCUUUUAUUGAGAUUCAAUAUAAUAAUACCACUGUGCGAACAGCUACAAGUCAGGGGGCUCACCCUAACUGGAACGAGAAGUUGAUUUUGCCACUGGAACCAUCUCAUUUAGAUUAUUUAAAUCCAAACUCGCUUAGCGGCAGUGUCAUUUUGAAUAUUUUCGAUGAGAGUGAAACAGUUUUGAUGAAAUUUGCAGGCCAGAAAAGUCGCACAUGGCUAGGGUGUGUGGAAAUUCCAUUAUCGGCCAUUUGCUCGAGUGGUAUACAGGGUAUGUUUAAGGUCAAAAUCCCGCACAUAUUACUCGGAUAUCAAAGCAACAGCAAACCUAUGAGAAAUAACUCCCAAAAUAAUCAACAAACUUUCUUGAAUCUUCAUCUGACUAUGGAACCUAACGUCCCUAAACUUAAUCCUGCAAUAGAUGAGCUUCCUUGUGCCGAUGUUCCUUACAUUGAGGACUACAUUUUGAAAUGGAACGCCGAUUACAAUUUCAGUUUUCCAAACCGGAAAUUUUCAGUUUUGGCCAUUGAUGCGAAUGCGACAACUUCUUGCAUCAUUCGCUACAUCAAGCCUCUGGAACCUCCCCAAAUAAAUGUGGAAGGGUUUGAUGUAACUCCUGAACAGUGUGCCCGAUUUGUCUCCUUGAUUCCCUUCACCGAUUGCAACCAGUUUUACAAAAACAUUUGGCUUUCAGUUGAUCGAUUUUUGCACUACAUGACUGGUUCAGUCAUCGACCACGCUGUAGCAUUGGCUUGCUAUCUCCUCGCGUUAAAACUGGAAGUUUGGCUUCUUCUAGGUUUUGGAAUUCCUUACGGUUCUACUGCCUAUGUCCUCGUGAAAGAAUAUGACAAUAAUCGGGUUGCAAAUUUUUAUGUCUAUGACCCGGUUUCAGGCAAUAAAAUCUACUUGACUGAUGCUUUUUGUCCUCUUCAGCGCGUUUAUUGUCUCGUUAAUGAGCACAACAUAUGGGCCAACAUUCAAAGAAAUGAUGAUGUGACAGUGAUGAGAUUUGAUUUAACGCGACGUUCGGAUUGGUUACCCUUAUUUACCGCUCAAAUAUCAGCCCCGACUAAUUCAAUUCAUGGGAAAAUUACGUAUUUGCCUCAAAUAAAUACAGAGGAAUUGGAAAUUAUCCUUGACAGGAAAAUCCGGAAGCGCUUUGCUAAGUUGAGGCAACUUGAUCGAACGUUUUGGAAUCAUGAUGUUUCCAACACUUUUAAAAGCGUUUUAGGGUCUUUCGAACAAGCCGAAAUGUAUGGCAAAAGUAAUUCUGAUGCUUUGGAGAAAAUUAAGGAGAGUUGUGCUGGUUUUGAGAUGAGAGGUCAGAUUUUUAAUUUACCGUUCACCAACUCUACAACUAUUGUAAAACGUGUCAAAAUGUUUGGCUUGCAUUUGGAGGAAGAUGCCAAUGUUCAGUUCGCAUGUGCUGUGUAUCUGAGGGCUUAUCCAAAUCAGGUUUUGACGGCUUGGAUAGCUCUAGCUGCGAUUAAAAACAAAAAAGCCGAUGAGAAGAUUGCGGAAUAAAAUAGGAAUCAAAACAUGGAAUUAAAAGAAUAAAUUUGUUAUUUUUAUUAUGUUAAAACGUCAAUAGUUGUGUUGCUUUUCCGUGCGUAAAAUUUCGCUGUUUCCCGCCUUGUUUUUACUAAAAUUCUGUGCCCAGCACAGUCUAGAUUUUCUAAAUAACAUUUGUUCUUGCAACAUUUCUUGCAUAACUGAUACACACAUUUUGAACCCUGAAACAAAAUAGUAUGUUAAAAUGCGAGUUUC